UCAAGAGCUCAGUUGGCUGUGGAUUUUUUCUCCCCACCCCCUCUGUCUCUUUGCAUGUCUGUGUAUCCGAGGGGAGGAAGAAAGGAAAUAGCUUCGUCCGUUGCACCGGGAGCUGCCACCUCAACAUGGUGUAAAUCCCCUCCCUGUAGCCAGGGGACAAGAGAGAGAAAGGGGGGAACUACAAUAAAACAAAUAAGAAAGGGGAAAGGAAGAUCAGCUGCACCCCAGCACAGACACCUCCCUCCCUAUUGCGCCCAAUGAGGAGUUUGAGCCCUGCAAGGAGAACGUGAAGGAGGAGAGGGGGCUGCUGUGUCUGGAUCCAAGGCGGAUAAGGGAGGGGGGGCGAGGAUCUGCCAGGCCACUAGGACAAAAAGGGAGCGACCAUGGCUAACGACUCGCCUGCUAAAAGUCUGGUAGAUAUAGACCUCUCCUCACUGAGGGACCCAGCUGGGAUUUUUGAACUGGUGGAAGUGGUUGGCAAUGGUACCUAUGGACAAGUAUAUAAGGGGCGACAUGUCAAAACAGGCCAGCUUGCAGCUAUUAAAGUUAUGGAUGUCACAGAGGAUGAAGAAGAAGAAAUUAAACUGGAAAUUAAUAUGUUGAAGAAAUAUUCUCACCACAGAAAUAUUGCUACAUAUUAUGGUGCUUUUAUAAAGAAGAGCCCUCCUGGACAUGAUGAUCAGCUUUGGCUUGUGAUGGAGUUUUGUGGUGCAGGCUCCAUCACUGAUCUGGUGAAGAACACAAAGGGCAAUACACUAAAGGAAGACUGGAUUGCUUACAUCUCCCGAGAGAUACUAAGGGGCUUGGCACACCUUCAUGCUCACCAUGUAAUUCACCGUGAUAUUAAAGGACAGAACGUGCUGCUAACGGAGAAUGCUGAAGUGAAACUCGUGGAUUUUGGGGUCAGUGCACAGUUAGACAGAACAGUGGGCCGGAGGAAUACAUUUAUUGGUACGCCAUAUUGGAUGGCUCCAGAAGUCAUAGCCUGUGAUGAGAACCCUGAUGCAACAUAUGAUUACAGAAGUGACCUUUGGUCGUGUGGUAUUACAGCUAUUGAGAUGGCAGAAGGUGCUCCCCCUCUUUGCGAUAUGCAUCCAAUGAGAGCCCUGUUUCUUAUUCCAAGAAACCCACCACCAAGGUUAAAGUCUAAAAAAUGGUCAAAGAAGUUCUUUAGUUUUAUAGAAGGCUGCCUUGUGAAAAAUUACAUGCAACGUCCUCCAACAGAUCAGCUCCUAAAACACCCCUUUAUAAGAGAUCAACCCAACGAGCGGCAAGUGAGAAUCCAACUCAAGGAUCACAUAGACAGGACCAGGAAGAAGAGAGGAGAAAAAGAUGAGACUGAAUACGAAUACAGUGGGAGUGAAGAGGAAGAAGAGGAAGUGCCUGAACAGGAAGGAGAGCCAAGCUCCAUCGUUAAUGUGCCUGGGGAAUCUACACUUAGACGUGAUUUCCUGAGACUCCAACAGGAGAACAAGGAACGCUCUGAGGCCCUACGGAGGCAACAGCUGCUGCAGGAGCAACAACUCAGAGAGCAGGAGGAGUAUAAGAGACAGCUCCUGGCAGAGAGACAGAAGCGCAUAGAGCAGCAGAAAGAGCAGAGGAGGAGACUUGAAGAGCAACAAAGGAGAGAGCGGGAAGCCAGGAGGCAGCAGGAGAGGGAGCAGAGGAGGAGGGAACAAGAGGAGAAGAAACGAAUGGAGGAGAUGGAAAGACGCCGUAAAGAAGAAGAAGAGCGAAGAAGAGCCGAAGAAGAGAAAAGAAGAGUGGAGCGAGAGCAGGAAUAUAUCCGAAGACAGCUUGAGGAGGAGCAGCGGCACUUAGAAAUCCUACAGCAACAGCUACUUCAGGAACAGGCCAUGUUACUGGAGUACCGGUGGCGAGAGAUGGAAGAGCAUCGACAAGCAGAGAGACUACAGAGGCAACUGCAGCAAGAACAGGCGUAUCUCAUGUCCCUACAGCACGAUCACAGGCAGCAGCAGCCCCCACAGCAAAUUCCACAACAACCACAGCCCCAGCAACCACCACUUCCCCAGCAAGAAAGGAACAAGCAAAGUUACCAUACCCAGGAGCCCAAACCCCACUUUGAACAAGCUGAAAGAGUACGCGAGGCUGAAGAGCGACUUAGGAAAGCAAUCCAAGGUUCCCCUGAAGCGCAGACAAAGCAGACAGGGCGAGUGUUGGAGCCACCAGUGCCUUCACGAUCGGAGUCAUUUUCCAAUGGAAAUUCUGAGCCAACCCAGCCUGCCAUGCAUAGGCCUGUGGAACCUCAGGUACAAUGGUCUCAUCUGGCAUCCCUCAAGAACAAUGUUUCCCCUGUCUCGCGAUCCCAUUCCUUCAGUGACCCUUCUCCCAAAUUUGCACCUCACCAUCUACGAUCUCAGGACCCACACCCACCUUCACGCAGUGAGGUGCUAAGUCAGAGCUCUGACCCUAAGUCUGAGAACCCUGAGCCCACCCAAAGGGUGUGGGCUAGAUCAGACAGUGAAGAGGUGCCUCCAAGGGUGCCUGUAAGGACCACAUCAAGAUCUCCAGUUCUGUCACGGCGAGACUCCCCGCUGCAGGGCAGUGGGCAGCAGAAUAACCAAGCUGGACAGAGGAACUCCACAAGCAAUAUUGAGCCUAGACUACUUUGGGAGCGGGUAGAGAAACUUGUGCCAAGACCUGGCAGUGGCAGCUCUUCAGGAUCAAGUAACUCUGGUUCUCAAGCAGGAUCUCAUCCGGGAUCUCAGAGCGGAUCUGGCGAACGCUUCCGAAUGAGAUCCUCAUCAAAAUCUGAAGGCUCACCAUCUCAACGGCAGGAUAACACCUCCAAAAAGCCAGAUGAAAAGAGGGAAGCCCAGAGGCCUAACAAACCAGUGGGAGAAGUGGACCUAACUGCAUUGGCAAAGGAGCUUCGUGCUGUGGAUGAUGUGCGGCCUCUGCAUAAAGUUACAGACUACUCCUCGUCCAGUGAGGAGUCUGGCACUACAGAUGAAGAGGAUGAUGACAUGGAACAAGAAGGAGCAGAUGAAUCAACAUCAGGUCCGGAGGAUGUCAGAGCGAUGUCAUCUUUGAACUUGAGCAAUGGGGAAACAGAGUCAGUGAAGACUAUGAUUGUACACGAUGAUGUUGAGAGUGAACCUGCCAUGACUCCUUCCAAAGAAGGCACUUUAAUCGUCCGACAGAGUACAGUUGACAAAAAGCGUGCCAACCAACUUGAGAGCAAUGGCUUUGCCGGUCGCAUUCAUCUCUUGCCAGAUCUCUUACAGCAAAGCCAUUCCUCAUCCACCACUUCUUCCCCAUCCUCAAGUCAACCGACUCCCACCAUGUCCCCACAGACACCCCAGGACAAGCUAACUGCUAAUGAGACUCAGUCCGCUGGUAACACACUACAAAAACACAAAUCUUCCUCCUCGUUCACACCUUUCAUAGAUCCACGGUUGCUGCAAAUUUCACCAUCUAGUGGUACAACUGUUACUUCAGUGGUGGGAUUUUCCAGUGAAGCGCUGAGGCCGGAUGCAAUGAGGCAAGAUCCUACAAGAAAAGGAUCAGUUGUUAAUGUUAAUCCCACAAACACACGGCCACAGAGCGACACACCGGAAAUUCGCAAAUACAAGAAGAGAUUUAAUUCAGAGAUUUUAUGUGCUGCAUUAUGGGGUGUAAAUUUGUUAGUUGGAACUGAAAGUGGAUUAAUGUUGUUGGACAGAAGUGGCCAGGGCAAAGUAUAUCCUCUGAUCAACAGAAGGCGAUUUCAGCAGAUGGAUGUCCUUGAAGGUCUAAAUGUGCUGGUCACAAUAUCAGGAAAGAAGAACAAAUUGCGUGUUUAUUACUUGUCCUGGUUAAGAAAUAAAAUAUUGCGCAAUGACCCUGAAGUUGAGAAGAAACAAGGAUGGACAACUGUUGGUGAUCUGGAAGGCUGUGUGCACUAUAAAGUUGUAAAAUAUGAGCGCAUCAAGUUUUUGGUAAUUGCUUUAAAGAGUUCAGUGGAGGUCUAUGCCUGGGCACCAAAACCAUACCACAAAUUCAUGGCCUUUAAGUCUUUUGGAGACUUGAUUCAUAGGCCGUUGCUGGUAGACCUUACUGUAGAAGAAGGCCAGAGAUUAAAAGUGAUUUAUGGGUCUUGUGCCGGAUUUCACGCAGUUGAUGUCGACUCUGGAUCAGUCUACGAUAUAUAUCUACCAACACAUAUUCAAAGCAGCAUCCAACCACAUGCAAUUAUUAUUCUCCCAAAUACAGAUGGCAUGGAACUGCUAGUGUGCUAUGAAGAUGAAGGAGUCUAUGUUAACACAUAUGGACGAAUCACCAAAGAUGUGGUUCUACAAUGGGGAGAAAUGCCAACUUCAGUUGCAUAUAUCCGCUCUAACCAGAUAAUGGGGUGGGGUGAAAAAGCCAUUGAGAUACGAUCUGUAGAAACUGGCCACCUGGAUGGUGUGUUUAUGCAUAAAAGGGCACAAAGACUUAAGUUCCUAUGUGAACGAAAUGAUAAGGUUUUCUUCGCUUCCGUCAGGUCAGGUGGAAGCAGCCAAGUGUAUUUCAUGACCUUAGGUCGCAGUUCUCUUCUGAGCUGGUGAAGAAUUUAACUCUACCUGCUGACAUCCUUUACAAUCUUCAUAAUCUCCGGAACUUGAAAUAAUUUGCAACUGGAGUACAACCUGCGCACUGAUGAUAUUCUUUCUGGAUAAUGUGUUCAAGAGGGAGUUUUCAUUAAUUUAGUGUUUACUUGUUUCUAAUGUAGGGAAGAAGGAGAAUAUAGGAUCUUUAUGCAGGUUGCAACACAGCUGGUGCUGUAAUGCCUUUAGUGGGUGCUAAAUACAAAUGAGAUUUGGAAUAAAAAAAAAAUAUGCAGGGCAUGCAAAGUUAAACGCUUCCUUUUAACUUCAGCUAUCUCUGAUUAUCAGGGAAAAGUGCAAAAAUAAAUCUCUAUUUUAGCACCUUGUCACCAGGAAAGUGAGAUUGUUUUAAACAGCAGAGGGCAGGCAAGGAGAAUUCAGCAAACCUAUUUUGUCAGUGCACAGCCAGGCAUCGUAAUAUUUCAGUUUAUUUAAUAGACUUUGAAAGAUUCUGACAAAAGAAAGUUCAUAUUAAAAUAUAUUUAUGAAAUGUGAAAGGCAGCAGCUAAUGAAAUACUGGUUAUUUUUUUAAUAAGCAAAGUACUUUAGCCAAUGUUGUGCAUUGCUUAACUUUGCCUAAUAACAUGUGUAUGUGAUUUAUUUAGUUCUGUGUCCCUCCAGAAUGUGUCACAGUAUUAGCGCUGCCUCAUCCUUUUGGUUUAUUUUUAUUUUAUUAUUAUUAUUUUUUAUGGAAACCUUAAUCUGCACACAAUUUUUUUCAACAAAGUCUGCACUGUAGAAAGGGAACUAAACAGGGUUGCAGAGUUCGCCACUAGAGGCAAAUCCCAUUUGACCGUUAUUUUUUUAUUUCUCCUACCUCAUUCUUGGCGAUGCACAAACUCCUUUGGUGCCACGAGACCUGCGAUAAACUGCAGACUUCCUUGACACUUGGGCUUGAUGAAGAGGUUCUCUAAUUCUUAUGUUCAUCGCUUGUUAAUAUGAAUGUGUAAUCUUAAUACCAAAUCUAUGCCAGAUUAACCUUUUGUGGUAGUUUAUCUGAACUGGCAGAAGUUGGCAUUAACCAUGGCACAAUAGCUGGGGGAUGGUGACAGAGCACUGAUAUGGUUCACUUACUUUUAAUUGGUGAAAAAGGCAAUUUCCUUUGUUUUAGUGUUUCUAAAAUUUCUCUGUUUCAGAUUUCUGGUAGCCUGGAUCAAUAGGGCUUUCACUCUGUAUAUUGCAGAUGUAGCAACUAUGGAGAUCAGUGUUUUAGGCUAGCUCUCUAAACUGUUCAGUUUAAGGAACAAGAGGGGCAGGGGAGGGGUGGGCUUGUUGAUGAAGGGGCAAUGUUUUCCUUUUCUAAGAAUGCAAUGCACUAAAAAAAAAAUCUAAGAAUGUAGUUAAUAAUACUUAUUCAUAAACUGCAUACUGUACCUGUGUUUAGGUGUAAGAUUCCCAGUUCUGACUUUUUUUAAUGAAAAUAUAAAAUAAUUUGUUUUAUUUACGGAAAGUUUUGGCAUUUUGUAAUAAAUGUCUGAACAAUAAUAAUUUGUUAAAUGGCUACAUGUUCAAUACUUGAGGUUUCUGGAGUGUAUAACUGUGGUUGAUGUAGCAAUGCACAUUGUCAUUCUGAUCAUGUUGGAGGAUUUUCUUUGUUUCUGGUGUGGGGUAAUGGUUGAUAGCUGCCUUAAACUGUUCAUUUUGUGGACAGAUGUUCUCUUUAAUAUAGAAAUAGACUACUCUUCCUUAUUUUCUGCCAGGAGAUUCCAGUUUUUAUUUUGUAAUACACAGUUAACUGGAUCAUCAUCACACUGAUUUAUAUCAUUUUUUUAAAGAAUAAACCAUAAAAGCAAGUUGAUUGCAUAUGAACUGUGAAGCAGUCCCUUGGUUUGUAUCAGUUAUGACAAUGGGAUUGUGAUAUAUUAACUUUACAGCAUUAAAGGAGUGUGGAAGCCUUAUUAGUAAUAGCAGAAAAAAUAAUUUGUAACUUUUUUUAUUUCUACUGUGUAGUAUUUAAUACUACAGUUUGUUCUGUAUAUGUUCCAAAUGGUAACAAAAGCAAUCAAAUACUUGGUAGCUAGCUCUUAAGUGACCUAAACCCAGCGAGGUCAAAUUCUGCCUCUCACUCCUCCUUUGAACCUUUGCUUCCUAAAGACUAAUAUUUCAUUUAUUUGUAACUAAGGUUAUAUGGCAUUUUACAGCUUUUUUUUUUAUUGAAUAAACAUUGGUUUACAUGCAUGAGAAGGGUUCAUAGAAAAGAAUGGAGUUCUAAAGGUCAAAAAGAUUAACUGUCCAGUUAUGAUUACUACAAGUCCACAUGUAAUGCAGUCUGUCCACCAUGAAAUGCGAUUCGACAGUUACACAGUUAAAAGGAAGACUGAUUCCAGUGAAAACCAAACAGUCCCCUAAACCAAUUGUUAUUUACCAGUAUUAACUAAAAACCACUACAUGUUAAAUAUGGAGAAUAUCUGUACAAACCUUAUGUCACUAAACUGAAAAAAAAGAAAUGCUCCUAGCUUUAGUUAUGCUUAAUAAAUAAUAACUUUCUGUAUGUUUGAGUAACCGUAACUGUAUGACUGCAGUGUUGCUUUUUUAUCGUAUGCACAUAUUAUUUUGGAGAAAAUGUUUACAUAUUUUUUUGUUAAACUAAUGUGCAUCACAUAUUUAUGUUUUAUUUGAAAGUGAUUUUUUUUUUUUUGUGUUUUAUUUUUUCUUAAUUUUUUUUUUUUUUUUUUUUAGUAGUACACAUUUUGUGACAUAUAACCCAAAAGUUUUCUGGUUAAUAAUAAUGCGCAAAGAUAAUACAGUUGACAAACUGCAUAAAAUUACUAAUUGUUGAACUGCAAAGCAGACUUGUGUCAAGUAAACAUAUUUUCAGAUAUUUUGCAGUGCUAUCUAACUUAUGUCUACUGUGUAUCAUGGAAAUUCAUGUUCUUUCCCCCCUUCCCUUUUUCCUUAAAUAAAGUAAAAAAUUACACCUACA